CAUUAUGUGUCCUCUGCAACUGAUCAUCUCUAUCUUCCUAAUUCUCCCACCAUCACUACUCUCCGCCGCUCUACAUGCCAAACCGGGAUGCCUCGACCGGUGCGGUGAUUUACUCAUUCCAUAUCCAUUUGGAGUUGGGCCGAAUUGCAACCUCAACCCAUAUUUUGACAUCAACUGCGAUUCUUCCACAAAUCCUCCAAAAGCUUACCUCUCCAUAUUGAAGAAACAAGUUAUUGAAUUCAAUCAAACUUACAUUCGCCUCCAAAACCCCUACAUGAUUUCAGCCUGCUAUGAUGAGGAUCUCUCAACCCACAAUCAACAUAGUAUGAGUGUGAACUUGUCGGGAACUCCCUAUAUUCUUUCUUCUGAAAACGUGCUCACUGUAAUCGGGUGUGAUGAUAUGGUGCUGCAAUCCAACGGAAGUUCCACCCUUGGCGGCUGCUCGGCGUUUUGUGCUGACAAGAGUGCUGGCUUCGGAGACUGCCACUUCAAUGGUUGUUGUCAUCAAGAGUUCGAAGGAGUAGAAGGAAGUACAGGACUUUUCUUGGAAGCAGAACUGAUUGACUUGAGCGGAAGAUCACAACGUAAAAAGCUUUUCCCAUGCAGCUAUGCCUUUAUCCAGGAGGCGACAAAUACUAAUGAAACAGUAUUUUCAUAUCCUUUGUACUAUCUGAAUAACUCAACGGCAUUGUUAAAUGAUGAUUGGGCUUCUGCAACAAGGCCACUAGUAGUGCGCUUGGACUGGCUCAUUGAGGCUGAGAACUGCAGCCGUGCUAUGAAUUCCAGCACUUACGCAUGUCUAGAUGAAAAGAGUGUUUGUGUUGAUUAUAGUACAUAUUCGUAUAACAAAGAUGUUACAGGAUACACAUGUAGCUGCGUGCAAGGGUACGAGGGAAAUCCGUACUUACUAGGAGGAUGCCAGACAAUUUCCUCUUCAAGUUCAAUUGCCAAACGUGGAUGCAUAGAUCAAUGUGGGAAAGUAUCGAUUCCAUUUCCAUUUGGUAUGGGUCCAAAUUGCUACCUGGAGCCAUCUUUUGAAGUUUUCUGCAACAAUGACACCAACCCCGCGACACCCUUCCUCAGUCUUUUGAACACUGAAAUCGUUGAGCUGAACUCAUCAAAAAUUGUCGUCAACUACAUGAACCUAUCCUCUAAUUGCAACAGUGGGUCAGACUAUCAAUCUGAGCCAAGAUUAACAAUUGACUUGUUGAAAACGCAAUAUAGUUUAUCAGAUGACAACUGGAUCACCGCCGUUGGCUGCAAUGUGAUGGCUGUCGGGGUUAUUGGACAAGACAAACGAAGUUCUAUUCGCAGCAUCUGCACAGCCAUUUGUUUCGACAGUAUGAUCUAUGCUGAUGGUAGAACUAUAGCAUCGUGCGAAUAUGGACCAACAUCUUUUGCAGGUGAAGGUUGUUGCAGAGUACCAAUUCCAAUAGGUACAACUUACCUUGAAUUAAAUAUGACUAAUCUCAAAGAACCACGGACAAGUGUCAAUAUUUCUUGUAGCUAUGCCUUCAUUGCAUAUGCUAAAAGAAUGAAUGAAAAUGAUCGUUAUAGUAGUGGAAUCUCGUUCAUGAAUUACUCAAACCCAGUCCAACUUUAUGUUCAGCCGAGCUUGGCAUUGGAUUGGAGGAUCGGAGCGAUGAAUUGCAAAGAAGCACAGCAGAAUCUCUCUAAUUUAGUAUGCCAAGAUAAUAGUGAAUGUGUUGAUUUUGAUGCUACGCUUGGAGGGUACCUCUGCAACUGCUCCAAAGGAUACAUAGGAAAUCCUUACCUCAAUCCAGGGUGCCUAGAUUUAUGCUUUAUCAAAUUACGAAGAGUGAUUAUGUAUCGAGCAGAUAUUGAUGAAUGCGCUGAUAAUUCAACUAAUACAUGCGUCUCAAAUUCAAUUUGCCGAAAUGGUCCGGGGACAUUUCGCUGCUCGUGUCCAAAAGGGUAUAUUGGUGAUGGGAAAAAAGAUGGCACGGGAUGCAUUUCGCAGCCGCCAUCCAAAACCAAGAUGAUUAUCUUGAUAGGUAUAGGCUCUGGAAUGGGGUUUCUGCUUCUAGUCUCGAUUUUCUUUUGGUUAUAUAAAUUGUUGAGAAAGAGAAAGGAAAAAAUGGUAAAAGACAAAUUCUUCAAACGAAAUGGUGGUCUUCUCUUGCAACAACAGACGAAUGAAGGGGCACUUGGAAAAACAAAAGUUUUUCCUGCAAAAGAGUUGGAGGUGGCUACAGAUAACUUUAAUGAGGGCAGAAUUAUUGGACAAGGAGGGCAAGGCACUGUCUACAAAGGAAUGUUAUAUGAUGGUAAGAUUGUUGCGAUAAAAAAAUCAAAGUUGGUCGAGGUAAAUCAGUUAGAACAGUUUAUAAAUGAAGUGGUGAUACUAUCGCAAAUCAAUCAUAGGAACGUGGUCAAACUAUUGGGGUGUUGUUUGGAGACUGAGGUUCCUCUUCUUGUUUAUGAAUUCAUGCCAAACGGCACACUUUUUGAUCUCAUACAUGAUCCAAGUAGUGAAUUUCCAUGUACAUGGAACAUGCGUUUGAAAAUCGCAGCAGACAUAGCUGGUGCACUAGCGUACUUGCACUCUGCAUCUUCUGUGCCUAUCUAUCAUCGGGAUAUCAAGUCUAGUAAUAUUCUUCUUGAUGAAAAAUAUGUUGUCAAAGUAUCAGAUUUUGGAACAUCAAGGUCCGUUGCUACAGAUCAGACUCACUUAACUACUCUGGUUAAAGGCACGUUUGGAUAUUUAGAUCCAGAAUAUUUUCGGUCUAGUCAAUUCACAGAGAAGAGUGAUGUUUAUAGUUUUGGGGUAGUUCUUGUCGAGCUUCUUACUGGGCAAAGGCCAAUAUCUCUUGAUAAAACAGAAGAGGAAAGAGGCCUAGCGGCUCGGUUCCUUGUAUGCAUGGAAGAAGAAUGCCUGGGCACGAUUUUAGAUCUGCAAGUACGGGAGCAUGGAAGAAAGGAAGAGGUGAGCCUAGUUGCAAAGCUUGCACAAAAAUGUUUACACUCAAAAGGAAGAAUGAGACCAACUAUGAAAGAAGUUGCCACUGAAUUGGAAAGUUUUAGGAUGUCUGAAAUAUCUAGUGGUGUUAAUGAUGAAUCAGAAGAUGUGAGAUCUUUUGAUGAUAUGUGUCCACGAUGAUAGGCACUUAGUACACAUGCAAGCUCAGUUAUAAAAAUGCUUCUGCAUCAUCACCAGACACGCAUCCGUUAGUGUUAGUUGAAAGUGUAUCAUAACAUAGAUGCAUUUAUAGUAGUCUCGAAUCAGAUGAUCAAGACUUGGUUAUAUGCGAUCUCUGAGAUUGAAGAUGGGAAUAUCAAGUAAUCGCUUUAUAAUUGUUUUAAAUUUUUUUUAUCACAUGUUGAUAUUUUAGAUUUGUGGUUUUGAAUCUUUGUUAUUUAGUUACUUGAAUUUUGUUAUUGUGUUGAUUCGAAGUGAAUGAAUUGAAAGUUUAUUAUUA